AUGGCCCCCAAGGCGGCGGAGAAGAAGCCGGCGGAGAAGGAUCCCGCGGCGGAGAAGGCGGCCGAGAAGAAGCCCGCGGCGGAGAAGGAGCCAGCGACGGAGAAGGCGGCCGAGAAGAAGCCCGCGGAGAAGGAGCCCGCGACGGAGAAGGCGGCCGAGAAGAAGCCCGCGGAGAAGGAGCCCGCGACGGAGAAGGCGGCCGAGAAGCCCGCGGCAACUGCCGGGAAGAAGCCCGUGGCAGAGAAGCGUCUGCCGGCGGGCGAAACGGCCUCCAAGGCGGGCGGCGGCAAGAAGCGGGGCCGGAAGGAGGGCAAGAGGAGGAAGGAGACCUACAAGGUCCACAUCUACAGGGUGCUCAAGGAGGUGCACGGCAAGGAGGUCGGCAUCACCUCCAAGGCCAUGGCCGCCAUGAACUCCUUCGUCAACGACAUGUUCGAGAGGCUCGCCGCCGAGGCCGGCAAGCUCGCCCGCUACAACAAGAAGACCACCAUCGGCCCCCGGGAGAUCCGGACCUCCGUCCGCUUCAUCCUCCCCGGCAGUCUCUCCACGAUUGCCUUCGAACAUGGCGACGCUGCCGUCGACAAUUUCAAAAAUUACAAGGCAUUUUAUGUAUCUUCGGAGGAAGAGUAG